AUGGCCCCAAGGAAUCAGAAGCGCAAGGCCGCUUCCCCUGCCGAUAGUAAUGGCACCGACUCUAAAAAGAUCAAGACAGAGAGCGUUGAACCAACCUCCACGUCAGACCCUUUAAAACGUCCUCACCCUUUCCACAAGGAGUCAGAGAUGAAUGGCAUCGUCCUGAGGGAGUUUUACCCGCAUGAGAUGAGCAACGACCGCGCACGCGCUUACAACAAUGAUGAGAUCCCCCGGCCGAUUGAGGAUCUUUACCAGGCCAUGUCGCAAACCCACCCGAUCCGCCAAAAGGUCAAGGUCAAGGGCGCCGUGGUGCACUGGUUCAAGAUGGACCUCCGUGUGGCGGACAACACCGCUUUGCGAAUGGCCAGUGAAAAGGCCAAAUCCGCCAGCGUUCCCCUGAUUGCGCUCUACACAGUCAGUCCCAAGGACUGGGAAGCGCAUCUGAGAGCCCCUGUCAGAGUCGACUUCACUCUGAGGAGUCUCGAGGUGCUCAGGCAGGACCUGGCCAAGCUCGAUAUUCCCCUUCACGUGGAAACCGUGGAAGACAGGAAGACCAUGAAGCAAAGGGUGCUCUCACUAAUGGAGGAAUGGGAUGCGAGCCAUCUGUACGCCAACAUGGAGUACGAGGUCGACGAGUUGCGGCGCGAGGCAAACCUGGUAAGGCUGCUUGCAGAGAAUGGCAAGUCCAUGGAGGUUGUGCACGACACCUGCGUCGUUCCUCCCGGCAAGCUGCAAACCGGCACGGGUAGACAGUACGCCGUCUACUCACCGUGGUACCGCGCAUGGCUGAAGCACUUGUCGGCCGACCCAGAGCUGUUGGAGCCCUUGGAACCGCCACACAAAAACCCUGCCGUUGCUAGAGAAAAGUUUUCCCACCUGUUUGACAGCAAGAUACCACCGGCGCCCAAGAGCAAGCAGAUGAAUCAAGAAGAGAAGGAAAGGCUUGCGGCUCUGUGGCCGGCUGGCGAGCACGAAGCUAGAAAGAGGCUGGAUGCCUUUAUCAAGCGCAGAAUUGACGGCUAUGCAGCGAAGCGUAACUUUCCCGCAGACGACGGGACUUCGUCAAUCUCGGUGCAUCUUGCAGCUGGAACACUCAGUGCGCGAACAGCAGUCCACCUCGCACAUGAAGCAAGUGGUACCAGGAAGCUCGAUGGCGGCAGCCAAGGAAUACAGACUUGGAUAAGCGAGGUAGCAUGGCGCGACUUUUACAAGCAUGUUUUAGUACAUUGGCCUUAUGUUUGCAUGAACAAGCCCUUCAAGCCCGAGUACUCCAACAUCGAAUGGUCCUAUGACACGGAACACUUUGCUGCUUGGUGUGAAGGCCGUACUGGCUUCCCAAUCGUGGAUGCGGCGAUGCGCCAGCUUCGAGGGACAGGGUGGAUGCACAACCGAUGCCGCAUGAUCGUGGCGUCCUUUCUGGCAAAGGAUUUUCUCAUAGACUGGCGCAUGGGCGAGAGGUAUUUCAUGGAAAACCUUGUCGACGGGGACUUUGCCAGUAACAAUGGAGGGUGGGGUUUUGCAGCAAGCGUUGGUGUCGACCCGCAGCCAUACUUUCGCGUGUUCAACCCACUACUUCAAAGUGAAAAGUUUGACCCCGAUGGAGAGUACAUUCGCAAGUGGAUUCCGGAGCUGAAAGGCAUCAAGGGGAAAGCUAUACACGAUCCGUAUGGCCGAGGAUGUGGGGUAGAGGCGAAGAAAAAGGGGUACCCAAAACCCCUGGUUGAGCACAAGGGUUGCCGUGAGAGGGCGUUGAAAGCGUACAAGGAAGGGAUUUCCAAGGAGAUAUAG